AUGAAUCGGAGACUAAACCUUGAUAUACCCCAGAACAAUACAUUUUUGUUACCGCGAGAUAUAUUGGCAGCCGCGGAUCGUUUGAUUCGAAUAAAAUUUGGAAUGGGUACACUUGACGAUAUGAAUCAUUUGCAAAAUAAACGUAUUCGUUCUGUAGCAGAUCUUUUACAAGAGCAAUUUGGAUUGGCCUUGGUUCGUUUAGAAAAUAUGGCUCGAGGAAACAUAUAUGCAGCACUUAAGCAUAACUGGACACCAACUCCUCAGAACUUGGUAAAUUCAACUCCAUUAACAGAUACUUAUAAAGUUUUUUUCCGUUUACACCCAUUAUCUCAAGUUUUGGAUCGAACUAAUCCACUGACACAAAUAGUUCAUGGGAGAAAAUUGAGUUAUUUGGGCCCGGGGGGAUUGACUGCGCGAACUGCUACUUUUCCCAUACGAGAUAUUCAUCCUAGUCACUAUGGGCGUAUUUGCCCAAUUGACACAUCUGAAGGAAUAAAUGUUGGACUUAUUGGAUCCUUAGCAAUUCAUGCGAGGAUUGGCCGUUGGGGUUUGGAUAUUUUGUCUGUGAUUGUUAGGGAGUUCAUUAAAAAUGGACAUGGUGGACCGGAGACGUCAAGAUUCGUUAACGAGAAUCUGUUUGCUAAUAUCAAGAGAUUUGCGUCUGAGGAUCAAGAUAUGUCUGCGAAUGUGUAUUACAGUGAAGAGACACAUAAGUUUUCAGUGUCAGUAAUAGAGGAAAGUGUGAAGUUAGAAGGAAGAAUGACCUUUCCUCUUUGGACAGCACUUACAUAG